AUGGCGUCCGAUGAUGAGCGCACCGCUCUGCUUGAGCCAGCCUAUCGCCAUGUCUCACCCGCAGUCUCUCGACGGCUAUACGUGUCGCACUUUUUGUCAACUUGGAAUUCUAGAGUUUUUGAGUUUGGCGGAGUGCUUUACCUGGCGACUGUUUUCCCGGGAACUUUGCUGCCAAUGUCCUUGUAUGCCUUGAUUCGCGGUGUAUCUGCAAUCAUCUUUGCGCCAGCGAUUGGAUGGUACAUUGAUACAGGCAACCGCCUUCAGGUUGUUCAAGUCUCCAUAGUCUUCCAGAGGCUAGUAGUUGCAGCAUCCUGUGCAGUCUUCUAUAUCCUCGCUGUCGAUACACAAUUUUCCUCUGGUGUAAGAGCAGGACUAGUCGCCGUCGUAACAUUCUUUGCCUGUGUGGAGAAGCUAUGUUCGAUAUUGAAUCUAGUGUCUGUUGAAAAGGAUUGGGUUGUUGUCGUAUCGGAACGAAAUCCGGAAGUCCUUCGAGACAUGAAUGCGCAGAUGCGACGAAUCGACCUGCUCUGCAAAUUAUUUGGGCCUUUAUUCAUCGCCACGAUAGACGCUUAUUCGUCCCGGGUAGCUAUCAUUGCCAACUUUGCAAUGAACGCAGCAUCUAUAUUGAUCGAGUACUUCGCCAUCGCUCGGGUCUACUACGAAGUUCCAGAGCUACAAGAGGCAAAGAUCAACGGACGGCACGAAGUUCCCGGGGAACCGGAAGCUCAGUCGUCUCACAACUCAAACCCUAUUGUUAGUGCCAUCUGGCAGCGACUGAUCGCCAUCAUUCACAAAUCGGCGCAGGAUUUCUCUUUAUAUCUGAAGCAUCGGGCGUUUCUCCCAUCCAUUGCCGGCGCAAUCUUGUAUUUCACGGUCCUUAGCUUUGGAGGCCAAAUGGUUACGUAUUUACUCUCUGCGGGCUAUAGCUCCUUGCAGGUCGGCAUUGCGAGAACGGUUGGCGUGGUAUUUGAAGUCCUGGCCACGUGGGUGGCACCGUGGCUCAUGGGACGAAUCGGGGAGAUCAGAGCGGGCCUCUGGAUGAGCACCUGGCAGGUCACAAUGCUGGUUGCGGGAGUAUCUGUAUUUUGGAUGUUUGAUAUGAACAGCAACUCGCUCAUAGCAGCAAGCGGCCUUGUGGGAGGCACCGUCUUGAGUCGUUUGGGCCUUCGAGGAUUUGACCUCUGCGUCCAGCUCAUCGUGCAAGAGGAAGUCGAAGCCGAGAAUCGCGGCGUCUUCUCUUCCGUUGAGGCUGCUUGGCAAAGCGCCUUUGAGCUUCUCGCUUAUACGUCCACCAUUGUCUUUUCUCGCCCCGAGCAGUUCAAAUGGCCGUCGCUCAUCUCAACCAUUGCCGUUGCGUCAGCCAGCAGUGCUUAUGCAGCGUUUGUUUACCUGCGCCGAGGCCACUUGCUGCAUCUCGAGGCUCUCACAUGCUUACUGCGGGCCGAGAAGGGGAAACAGCGCGACCGAGAGAGUGACAUUGAGCAAAUCUCAGUUAGAUCGGAGAUGUAG